UAAAAUCAAGGCUUCUUCCCCUCCUGCGCCGCACGCCCCUCAUCUCUCUCAGCCAUCUCUCUGUUGCUGACCGCCGCAGCCCAAGCCUUGCAGAGCUACCGAGCUUGUUGGGAAGCAGAUCGAAAUGUUGACUAUGGAAAUAGACCAUCCAAAGCCCAAUGCUCCCGAUCAAGUCAGCCCCAAAUUCUCAAUCAACGUGUUGCAGUUGUUGAAAUCAGCUCAGAUGCAGCAUGGAUUGCGGCACGGCGAUUAUACUCGCUAUCGAAGGUAUUGCACCGCACGUUUGAGGAGGUUGUAUAAAUCACUCAAAUUCACCCAUGGUCGUGGUAAAUACACGCGGAGAGCCGUAACUGAAUCAAACGUGACUGAAGUCAGGUUUCUUCAUCUCGUUCUUUAUACGGCGGAGAGAGCAUGGAGCCAUGCCAUGGAGAAGAGACAGCUUCCAGAUGGUCCAACUGCUCGUCAGCGCAUCUAUUUGAUUGGUAGGCUGAGGAAGGCAGUUAAAUGGGCUACGUUGUUUUCUCAUUUGUGUGCAAUCAAGGGAGAUUCCAGAACUUCAUUAGAAUCCGAGGCUUAUGCCUCCUAUAUGAAAGGGAACUUGCUGUUUGAACGAGAUCAGAACUGGGACAUGGCAUUGAUGAAUUUCAAAAGUGCCAGGGCUGUUUACGAGCAACUAGGCAAAUAUGGAGACCUAGAGAAUCAAGUUUUGUGUCGAGAGCGUGUUGAGGAGCUAGAGCCUAGUAUUCGUUACUGCCUACACAAAAUAGGCGAAUCAAAUCUACAGGCAUCCGAACUUCUGCAAAUUGAUGAGAUGGAAGGUCCUGCCCUGGACCUUUUCAAAGCUAAAUUGGAGGCUGUUAUGGCAGAGGCAAGAUCUCAACAAGCUGCGUCCAUGACAGAGUUUCAUUGGCUUGGUCAUAGGUUUCCAAUAUCCAAUGGGAAAACUAGGGUCGCCAUUUUAAAAGCUCAAGAAUUGGAGAAAGAUUUGCAUGGUCCUUCUGCAGAUUCACUCUCGGCAGAGAGAAGACUAGCCAUCUUUGACAAAAUUUUUACUGCAUAUCAUGAGGCCAGGAGCUGCAUUCGUAGUGACUUGGCCAGUUCAGGUAAUGCUGAAAAUGUGAAAGACGACUUAAAUGGUCUUGAUAAGGCUGUUAGUGCUGUCUUAGGACAAAGAACCAUUGAGCGCAACCAGUUGUUGGUUAGCAUUGCAAAGAGUAAACUUACUAGGCGACGUGAUGACAAAAGUGAGAAAGUUACCAAACCUGAAGAACUUGUACGCCUGUAUGAUCUUUUACUGCAGAAUACGACUGAUCUUUCAGACUUGGUUAAUUCUGGAAGAGAUAGAAAACCAGAAGAACUGUCAUUUUCUGAAGAGUGCGCGCUUAAAAGUUUGUCCUUCCGAGCAGAAAGGUGCUUCUACUUGGCAAAAUCUUACAGCUUGUCUGGAAAGAGGGCAGAAGCAUAUGCAUUAUACUGCCGUGCUCGGUCUCUUGCCGAGGAAGCCCUUCAGAACUUCCAAAUUGCAAAUGGGAGCGAUCAGAGAAUCCAACAGUUGAAGAUAUUGUGCGAGGAGUGCAGAUCCAACAGUUGUAUAGAGCAUGCAAAGGGGAUGAUGGAGGAGAUGAAGGCUCCAGAGAAUCUCUCAAAAAGAAUUUCUAAUAUUUCAUUAACAGGAGCUGAUAAGAAGACGGAGAAAUUCCUUGUGGAGAAACUCGAUACCUAUGAGUCUGCAGUUGGUGAUGCGAAUGCGAAAGGAGUUCCGCGCAUUGAAGUCUUCCCUCCUGCCUACCAAGCAAUCCCUCGCAAUCCCAUUGUUCUUGACCUUGCCUACAAUUUUAUCGAGUUCCCAUCUCUUGAAAAUAGGAUGAAGAAAGACAAGAAGGGCUUCAUAAGUAGGCUAUGGCGAUGAGAUGAAUUUUCUUGUGGAUUUGUCUGGUAACUACUCUGGUUAUAUCAUUUAGAUUCAGAUAUUUUUCGAGUUAAUUCCGAAUAAUUUUUGUAACUGCAUUUAAAAGCCUUGGCUUGUGUUGGAGAUUUUGUUACUCAAAUUCAGGAUCACCGGCAAUGAAAAUUUUUUGAGCUUUUUUCU